AUGGACUUCGUUUUCUUCACAGUUGACAUGGCCUCAUCUUCCCGACCCAUCCGGGUCCCUAGCCACUGUCAAGGGGUUUUCUUGCCCUUGGCUGCGAUCGUGGUUGCGAUGAUGCUGAGGGCUUGGCGUCAGCGCCGAGCACGCGCGACCCGUUCGCUUAACUCGAAAGCCCGUGGCACUCUCCUUACAGCCAUGCGCAUUUCGGGGCGUUCUGCACCAAGUGCCAAGCAGGUCACACAAGCUUUGAUGGAGCCGCUUGAGAGAGCCACAAAGAACUACGAUGGUGUGAGGUCAUUGGUUUUUGACUUGAACGUUUUCAAAGUGGGGGGCCGUGUGCAAUACUCUUGUGGAGAUGUGGGCACCAUCAUUGGCUUCGAUGAGGACGAGGACUUUCGCGUGUGCACAAGCAGCAAUCGCGAGACGGUGUGGUUUCGUGAAAGGUGUGUUAAAUAUUUGAGCAUCGGCGACCGUGUCCGAUACUCUGAUGGCGAAAUUGCCGAAGUGGAGGGCUUUGAUCCUGAAGGUGAUUUGCUCGUGCUCAAGAAAAAUGGCUCCCGUGGCCUUUGGUUUCUGCGCAAUUCCACACGUGUUCUCAGUGUAGGCGAUCGUGUGCACUAUGUGUGUGGCGCAAUGGGCACCGUGAAAGGCUUCGACGAAGAUGGAGAUGUGAUUGUGCACAAAGAGGAUGGAAAACAAUCCGUGUGGUACACUCAAAAUAGCCGUGAAGGCCUUGGCCCCCUGGGCCAAGCCUUGACGGAAGUUCCAGAAGCUUUGCCAUAG